CCUAACCCUGGAGCUGUGGACGCCGAUUCGACCAGUUCUGACUGUGGACCGACGGUGCCUUCACGUCGGCGUGAUUCAGUCGUUAGAGUGCACCAGCGGCGUCGUUCGUCUGGGAUCUACGCAGCGCAUGUUUGUUCUUACCCUCAUCAAUGGCCUCUGCAACGUCUUUGUACUGGGUUGUGUUCGGGCAUAUGCCUCGUGGCGACCAGCCGAGGUGCCUGUGCGGCAUCGGGAAGCGAAGCACCUUUUAUCGGCGGCGUCAGAUGCCUUCUUCGGCCACGCCAACGCCGAUGUCUGGAGCGUGUCGCCUGCCCUCGGGUGCAUGAGUGGUCUCCUCACAUUCGAGUGGCGCGGCCACAAGUUCCUCUUCGACACCAAGCUCUGGCUCUUCUUUUGCCGCGUCUCAACCGGUCCGCGGGCGUGCGUUCCGUCCGAGGCGGUGGUGCGCGAGGCUGCACCGACGGAAAUUGCUGUCGGUGCGCACACGCGUACCUCCAAGACGAUGGUAGUCGCCGGCAUCAUCUACGUCGCGUGCUCAGUAGCGGGUAGUCUCUCGUACCUUCAGCUCUCGUCCGUCAACUUGGCCAACGACAUGUUCUGGGUCACCUUCAACAGUACGGGCAUGCAGUCGUAUGUGGCCAACUGGUACAACCAAUACGUCUGGCUCACGCCCAAGCUCCAACAGCACAGCUGUCAUCAUCUCUAA